GUUGCGAAUUCAAAAAUUACUUUUUGGGAGAAAUCAUGGCGUUUCGAAAAUUUCUUUUUCUGAGUUCACUUUUGAUCGGUCUGGUGCGAGUUAGAGGAAAAGAACUACCGGAUUUCAUACGCACUUGUGCCAGAGACGACCCCAACCUAACAACAUGUAUGAUUUCAUCUGUGGAGGAACUUCGACCAUAUUUGCUCAAAGGUGUUCCAGAAUACAACAUUCCAAGCUUAGAGCCUCUAGUGAUGACUGAUUUUUUUGCCGAUGAAGCUGCCGGUAUGAAAAUUGUAGUUUCUAAUGUCAGCGCUUGGGGUUGUAGUGACUUCUUUGUAAGAGGAUUAGAAACAAAUCUAGAUACUCUUCAGUUCAUUGUAGACGUUGAUAUUCCUAAACUUCGUAUAGAAGCCCAUUACCAUUUGGAUGGAAAAUUAUUAUUGGUACCGGUAAAAGGCGAUGGGAAUUUGGAGACUAAUGUCACUGAUGUCAGUGCAAGGGCAGAACUACAAGGUGAAAUAAUCGAACAAAACGGCAGCAAAUUUUUAACUUACUCGCAAGUCAAACUGAGGGUUCACGUUGGAGGUGGUUCGGUUAGGAUGGAGAACCUUUUUAAUGGAGACAAAGUUUUAUUAUCGAUGCUAAAUGAUGUGGUGAACAGAAAUUUUAAAGUAUUCCUGAGCGAAUUGAUGCCGGUAAUUGAAAAGUCCUUGGCUUCAGUGUUUCAAAAUACUGGAAAUGCUAUUGUGGAAGCUUUUCCUUUUGAUCAACUUUUCCCUUAGUUCUAUACCAAAUAUGUAUUUUUUUGAGAUGCUCUUUUUAAAUUUACACCAUAACUUAGUAAGAUCUCUUUAAUUUUUUCAAUCGACCCCUGCUUUGGGUUGUGUAUAGUAUUAUUAUCGUUAUUAUCAAUAAAUAUUUGUAUAUGU